CGGCUGCGCGCAAACGCUGCACCACCCCACCCCAACGCAUUUUGGUAUCAUUAUCGCGCCCUUUCACUGUAGAUUAACCUAUCGCGUUGCGCGCAAAGUCUACGCCAGCCGCCGGUUGUGCGACACCAUCUCCCGUCUGUUGUCACCCCCAGCUUGGAGUAUGCCCCCGCCGUAUCGACACUUGAGAAGACGUCAGAACGGUGAGAAGCAAAAUGGAUGAAGACUUGCGCAUGCUCGAGGAGGAAUUUUGUCCGCCCAUAGACCCUACGCUGCUUUAUACCAUCUACUCAGACUUUGCAGGAGAAGCAGAUGCUGUCGCCCGCACCAGAGAGCUGCUAGAGCCUCUCAAGGCCACCGCCGAGGUGGAAGCGCUCACAAACUUUGAUCCGUCGGGAAGCAGUGGAGGCGCCGUGCAAGAGAGUCCAGACAAACAGAGCACCGACACGGAUUCGUGGGGCACCCAGACGGUAACGACAGAGCACUCGUCUCUUUCAAACGACUUCUCUGCGCUGAGUAUCAGUGGACGCUCUGGAAGCCCAGGAGAAACCUUUAGGCAUGGAUACUAUAAAGACACGGAAACGUUUGACAUUCCUACUAAAGAACUGUUGCUCGCCGAGACAUUUCCAAGCCUUCGCCCAGCGCAGGUGACGCACACCCUGAAGAAGUGCGGGUACGACUACGACAAAGCGACCGACGAGCUGCUGAACCACGUCUUCUUUGACGAUAGUCGCAAGAGCCCUACAGACGAAGGGCCCAUUGCUAAGGGCAUCGAUGCUUUUGCCGAAGACCAUCAUGUGCCGCAGAGGGGGAAGAAGGGCAAGGCGAAGAAAAAGCAAAGGGUGUCUCUGAACGACAUCAGCACCGACUACUUUGUCGAGUCAGAGGCGCCCGCGAACCGUUGGCAGAACACCAGUCGCGAUGUCGACUUUGUCACGUCGCGAACGGCUGUGCCUGCCAAGACGGUGUCCUCGCUGUAUCAUGCAAACGGGGCAUCGCUGUCUGCGACAGUACUAGCCGUUGUGCAAAGGGACAUUGAAGCGCAUAGGAAGGACGGGCAGCCAGACGCUGCGCUGGUGCAAGAUGCUCUUGACUUGAACGAGAGAUUCCCUUCGAUUGACCUGGAACACGCCAUCGCCGUCGUCCGGUUUACUGCGCCGUCCAACAUCAAGGCUCAAGAGCUCGCAAAAUUCCUGACCCAACGGCCGCCGAGUGAGACGGGUGGUAAAGGCGGGCUCAAGCUUGACCUGCGAUACGCGCCUGUCAACGUGUCCGAUCCAUGUGAAGCUACGCAACUGCCUGCGCUUGCACCCUCUGCCAAGCCUCGCGACGUCUUGUCCAUGACAGCUGCUAGGAAUGAUGCGUUUGGAAAGGCAGCUAGCGCCUACCGCAGGGGAAAGUCGACAGCGCUGAUGAGGCAAGCAGCCGCCUACUAUGCACAGGAGGGCCGUGACCUCAAUGCCAACCUGAAAGCCAUGAAUGCAGCCGAAGCCGAUGCCUUGGUGUCAUCGCAGUCCGGAGCAACACAUCUGGACCUGCACGGCGUCAGCGUGGCCGACGCAACUAGGAUCGCGAAGCAACGCACACAGGCGUGGUGGGAUGGGCUUGGAGAGCGUAGGAUUCCCGAGUGGAGCGGCCCCGGCCGCAGGGGUGGAGGCGAGGUGUUCAGAAUCAUCACCGGCCUGGGCAGGCACAGUGAAGGUGGCCGGGGUAAGCUGGGACCUGCGGUGCUCAAGGCAUUGGUGAACGAGGGCUGGAAGGUCGAGGCGGAGCCCGGCGAGCUCUAUGUCACUGGGCUUGCGCGGCGAAGGUGAUGGUGUGAUUGGUCUUGGAUAGCCACGCCGAGCAUUUGGAUAUGUCUGUGUCAAUGUCGUUUCAAUAUGCCCAGACUUAUUGACAAAG